CACCCGUUCGCCGAGGCAAAAUGAAUGGAUAAGUCGGAUAAUUGACCAGAUAUAGCCAUGGCUGCAGGGGUGGCUAUUUUGACCUGCCAACCAAGCUCGCAUCCAUUCCAAGAAAGGCACAUAUCCUUGAUAGAACCGGCUAAAAUUGGCCGGUCAGUGGCUCGAGCACGACCAGCAUCCAACAAUGGAAUCUUUGAUUGUAAAGUUUUAUCCAGGAACCAUGCUAUGCUGUGGUAUGAAAACGGCACGUUCUACCUCCAAGACACCAAGAGCAGCAAUGGCACCUUCAUCAACAAUCAGCGUCUAUGUAAGGGCGGGGAGGAAAGCCCUGCCCGAGAAGUCUACUCUGGGGACCAGAUACAGUUCGGUGUUGAUGUCAUGGAGAACAAUCGACGCGGUGAAAAAAUCACUCAUGGAUGUAUCAUAGCUACUAUCACACUGUUCCACCCCGACGGCAGGGAAGCCAAAAACAUUUAUUCGGAAUCAAGCCCAUUUGUGAACACAGUUGCACCUGGUAUUUCAAUACAGUCUCAGGACCUGUACCAGUUAGCACAUUACUUACAGGAAGCACUUCACAGGGAAAAGAUGCUGGAACAGAAACUGACAAACCUACAGCAGCUCCUGGAGAACACACAGGAGGCUUCGGAAACAGGAUGGCAGGCUCUAAUCACAGAAGACCGACUUUUAUCUCGACUUGAUGUAUUGGAAAACCAACUUCACACCUACUCCAAGAAUCAUGCUGAAGAUUCUCUACGACAAGAAGUGGUUACCUUACAGGAAGAAAAACUCACAUAUGAAACCAUGGCAAAGGAAUCGCUUCGAAAAGUUUUACAAGAAAAAUUAGAGGCUGUGAGAAAAUUAUCAGAUCUUGAGCGGUCGAUGGUGAACACAGAAGAAGAAUGUGCUCACCUAAAGGAUAUGUGCGAAAAAUCUCAGGAGGAGUUGCAGCAACUUGCUGAGAAAUACCAAGACCAGCUCAAGGAGGUUAAGGAACUCCAGGACAAAUUGUCUGAAGCAGAGCGAAACUUGGUGGAAGAAACGGAAAAAGCUGAAAAAGAGAAAAUCUGUCUCCAAGAUAAACUAGACGAGAUGGUUAAAGAGGAGGAUCUGCUCUCAGCCAAGUUGGAAUCUCUACAAGCUGACAACGACAUCACCAUGAACCAGUUAGCGGCAAUGAAAGCUAAGCUUGAAGCCCUGAAGGAGGAACCGUCUGAUAGUAACAAGGAAGCAGAUGAAAAGACUGAUGAGGAUGAGGAGGAGAAGACAGAAGAUGAUAAUAAGUUGGUGGACUCAAAUACAAUAGAUGAACAACCACAGAUAAUUCCCAUCCCGCCAUCCCUUAAAGUGAUCAGAACAGACGAUAUCGAAGGCAAACUAAAGGAAACACAACAACAGAUAGAAAAAUACAAAGCUCAGCUUGAGGAGUCUGAUGCCAAACUGAAGGCUAGCAGUGAUGUGGUCACCAAGUUACAGAAGGAAUUAGAAGUGGCAGAGGCAGAGUCCCAUCAAUAUGAAUCCAAGAUGUCUGCCCUAGAAGAAAAGCUUAGGCUGUCCGAUUUACAUAUGAAUCAGAUGAUGGAAAACACGAUGGCCGAUUUAGAACUUCAACUGAAAGAAUCUCACAGACAAUCAGAUGGGAGUAACGAGCUUAUCAAAGGCCUGCAAGACAAAGUGAAUAAUCUGGAGACAGAGAUUAUUGACUACAAAGUACAGCAGGUCGGACGAGGGGACGUCACUCUCGUUGGAAAUGGCAGCCCUGAUGAAACAUUACACAAUCAUGUUGAUGGAAACCUUGAUAAUGACCAAAAUCUCAAUGAACUUUUACAUGAAGCCAGAGAUUUACAGAAGAAGGCUGAAGUAGAGCUGAAGAGAUAUAAAUCGGAACUCGACGAGACAAAGAUGAGGGCCGACACGCUACAAGACCAACUUUCCAAGGCUGAGACCACUACACAGGAAGUGAAAGAACAGAUACUGGACCUACGAGGUCAAUUGGAUCAGGAGAAAACCAGACAUAAAGACACAAAGAAAGAUUUGGAGGAAGCCAAGCGUGUACAACAAGAGGCACAACAGAAUGCCAAGCAAAGCCAUAAUGAAACAGAACAACUCAAAAUCAAGGUACGCCAUCUUCAAGAGAGAGUUGACGAUCGUCGAGAGAGGGCACGAGACUCGCAUCAUUCGCGAUUCUCUCACUCUCACUCCGAACCUCAUAGUCCUACCACUUCUAAACAGAGAGGUAAUAUCGCUGCUGAAUUCACUGCCCUCAAGGAGGAAUGUUCUAGUCUCCGUAAGCGAAUCCAAGCCAUCGAAGCAGAGAUGAAAAUGUCUCGGAAGGAGAACCUGCAGCUGUCUGCAGAAUACAACAAGCUUCAAGAGUCAUACAAACAUCUUGAGAAACUCAAAGUCCAGUUGGAAAUGAAGGAACUCGCAUGGAAAUCUAACCUCACUGAUUCGCAGAAAGAAUCGGAACAGGCAUUGCAGGAGGUGAGACAAGUCUCCACCCCCGGGGCCGGCCCCCCACCCCAGGGGGAGUCCUCAGCAGACACCCAUCUGACACGUCUUGAGCAUUCCCAGGAGGAGGUAGCCAUAUUGAAGGAAAAGUGUGAGACCUCGGUGACGAAGAUAGGAGAACUCAAAUCAGAAAUAGACAGUAUGGCUGAAGACUAUCAUCAACUAGCUAACAGAUCAAAGAUGCAAUCCUUUGCCUCCAGUGUGCCACUGCUGAUGCUGCUGUUUGGAAUUCUCAUGGCUCUGUACCCAUGGCUAGCCCAGCUGACAGCAACUACGACUUGACCCUUGCUAAACUUCAACUUAGACCACAACAUUUACAAUCAUCACGCUACAACUCAACAUGUUUACAGAUGUUACCAUGGUGAUCUGUGAAAAAGGACUGUUGCUACGGCAACCGUUGACAAUGUACUGUUGAGUUGAAGUUUCAAUUUUCAUCAUCAUUGCCAUCAUGAUGACGUUGGACCAGUGUGUGUUUGUGUGUUACAUCAAAAAUGGACCAAAUUUUUUUUUUUUUUUUAUCUCUCUUUAUGGGUGGAAUCCAUAUUUGAUAGCAACACUACAAAUAGAUAAUCAUACAUUUCUGAAAAUUCAGGCAUAAUACAUUUUUAGAAAUCCGUUUUCGAAAUUUGUUCAUGGAUGGUUUCCCAAGAGAGCAGCAAUUUGAUGUAAAUUCUGUUUUGCAAAACAGCUGAGAUAUUUUAAAAAAACAUUUCGUUAAUUACUCAUCAGGAUCCUGAAAAGAUGAGAUCGUAUCAAAUCAUUUAAUAGAUUUAAAUGUUUGGUUGUUUACCUUGAUUGUUGAAACUAAAAAGAUGACAAAGUCUGAUAAUGCUAAGCCCCACUAUAAAGACUGGGACAAAGGCAACAUUCACUGAUGUUGAUGUGUGUAGUUUGUUAACCCUCCUUAAGUGUACGGCUAUCGUGCAUAUUUAUCAUGGUGUGAAAUCUUCAUAUCAUCAUUUAGUUUGUGUAUGUCAGCCAGUUUUAUGUGAUAUUGUAUGCUUGCUGGUAAGGAAAACAUUUUAGGUUUUGAAGGAUGUUUGUAUGUGCAUAAUAGUGUCAUACAGUAGCAAGGACACAAGUUGUCUCCCCUUGUUUAACUUUACCCACUGUUGUGUUAGGUAUGAUGAACAUACAGUAAAAUAUACAAGAUAUCUCCUGAUAUUAUGAAAUGAUCAAAAGUUUAUGCAUAAUUUACUAUCAAAUAUGAAAAUAAAGUUAAAAUUCAGUAUUAGGUGUGUCUUUUAUCUAGAUCAAUAUCAAAACUAAUCAACCAUAACAUAGAAAAAAAAAAAAAAAAAAAAAGGCUUCCUUGUGAGUAGACAGCUAGAUGAGAUUUUAGCAGAUAAUUUUUGGACCAACAUAGUAUUUAGUUGUACAUUACUUGAAACUGCUUCUGUAGAAAUUGUAGUCCGUUUUGUGAAGAUUUUUUACUUGUGAAUUGGAUUUCUACCUCAUUAGGAAUCUUAGUCUGUGAUGUGAAGCUUGACAGUACAAUGUCCUGAAAGCUAAUUUUGUCUAAAGAAAUUCUCAAGCGUAGAUUAUGAAAAAUUUAACUUGGAAGAACCUGCAAACUGUUUGAAAUCGAUUGUAAGCAUUAACACUGCUGGGAAACCUAAAUGAUCUCAUUGGAAAGAGAUAUUGCUUCCAACACGACCAUUAAAGACAUUACUCAAUGUGUCUCUUAGAUCAUUAAUUACUGACAACCAUAGCUCAUGGUGUGGCAUUGGUGCUAACUCACACAGACUCAGGAGUAGUGGGGCUGCAUGUGAUAGAUCUAACUCAGGACUGGGACCUUUUGUAGGAUCUGUUUAAAAAUCAUGUUUUGUUUCAAUACCAUACUUUUGAUAUUUUCUCAGAUCUAUAUUCUUCAUUCUAGAAUUAGUUUCCCCAUUGUAGUGCUAUUUGUUUAAGUAAAAUGUAUAUAUGUGACAUUUUAUUAAUGUGUUCAAGUUUUAGAACUUUGAACCAAACUUAGGAAACAGGGACUGUUCCUCAAGGGGAGAUAACUUGCUUUUUGUGAAUCAACAAUUUUUUUUUUUUUUUUUUAGUUUGUGAAUUUGUUGUUUGUAAGAAAUCGAGAUGACAUGAAAUGUAUAUAUAUGUUACCAAAGUUUGAUCUGUGUAUAUAUGUAGAUAAUGUACAGACAUUAUUAAUGGACAUUUAAUAUAAAGUUAUUUAUAUACACUUUUUUUUGUUUUGUUAAUCCCUGUGAAUAACCCUUAGUAUUAUCAGCUUUACAUCAUAUAGAUAACAAACAUGGAAAAAGUGCUCAUUCUGUAAGCCAAAAUAUCAUGCUGCAUAUGAAUGAAAAAGUCAUUUUUACAACUCUCAGUAUCCUCUUGAUUGUAAAAUGUAUACAGAUAUGAAUUAAAGUGAAGUUGUACUCCACAGUUUCUGUUUUUUUAGAUAAGUGAAUAAUUAUUAAACUUAUGCUAAUAUUUUUCUUUUGCUAUGAAAAAAACUAUUUUGUUAGCAUUGAAAAAAAAAAAGAGAAAAGAUUUCAGAAACUGCUGAUGAAAAAUCUUUUUACUUUCAUACUAACAUCAUCACAGAUAUGAAUUCUCCAAAUACGGACUUCACAGAUAACUGUCUCAACAUCUUGUAUCAAUAUUACAAAUUGGACCCAUGAACAUUUGGAAAAAUUUUAAAGGAUUAGUUGUAUUAACUUAGUUCCCCUAAGAGGAACCUUUUCUAAAGAAAAAGGAAAUUUGAUGUUUUACUAUUGUAGCAUUCUUUCAAAUGUUAUAUGUAAUAAAAGACCAGAAAUUUAGAAAAUUCUACAGAAUAGAUAUGAAUAUAAUUUUCAUUGAUAUAUUUGUGAAUUGAGCAGUGAAGUAUUCAUUUUAACGGACUUUUUCAGUAGAGGUUAUACAAAUGUUUUGCAGAAACUAGUUUUAAAGACGCUACAUAAAUAGGGUAUGUAAUUUAUUGUCAGUAAUUUGUCUUCCUACCAACACUUGUGUAUUCUGGCCACCAAAAUGGCUCACAGCAGUAGUUGGUCUUUUAACACCAACAUGUGGUCUCUGCAGGUUGACAACAGUAUACACUGGUCACUGACGGUCAGAAGUUGGUCAGUCAACACCAACAGGUGAUCUCUGCAAGCUGAAACCAGUAUACACUGGUCACUGACGGUCAGUAGUUGGUCAGUCAACACCAACAGGUGAUCUCUGCAAGCUGAAACCAGUAUACACUGGUCAGUGUCGGUCAGUAGUUGGUCAGUCCACAGCAAUAGUCUUUUUGUUUUAGGUUUAGCUGCUGUUGUAUAUAGAUCACUAUUCCUUAUGCUGACUGUUUUAAAUAGUUUUGCCAUCUGCUGGAAGAGCUAUACAGUAGUAGAACAGAUAUAAUUCAACAACAUGAAGUAAUUCAUUAAAAAUGAAUUUAACUACAUUUUCACUAUGAACUGUUGCAUUGUAACAAGAAUCCAAGUUGAAUGUAUGUUUUUUUUUCAUUUCACAUUGAUUCAUAUUCAAUUCAAACAUAGAGGAGACUUGGGGAAGUAUUUGUAAUGGACUACACCCAAGACGGUUCAACAACAGUAAUCAGAUUGGGGCAGAGCAGUAUACUCCCACUUUAGAAUAAUGAUAUACAAACUUGGUGAUGAUCAUAAUGUUCAUAUAAGGGAAGAUUAUUCACCAUUAUUAUCAAGUUCACCAGCAAUAACCAUACAUGUAAUCUGCUUCACAAAUAACUGUCUCUCAUAGAUGUGUGACUUUCGUGAGCUUGGUAAUAUUUUGGGUGAUAGAGGGAUUCUGCUCAUUUUGUGGGUAUCCUGCCAUGUAUUAAUGUGAGAAAGUUGAACUACAAUUUGUGAACCUUAACCAAACUUAGAUAUACAUGUACAGUGUGACACGUGAUAGGGAUAUUCAUGCUGUGUCUGUCAGUUUCAAGUGCUACUGGGAAUCAGAAGUAUGAUUUAGAUAUGUACAUGUCUUCAAUGAGGUUGGUUCCUUUAUAUAUCAUGAUAAUUCUGAACGUUUAACCGUUACAGAAUGCUAGUGACUCCUAUCUAGCAAUGUAGGAAAUAUUUAACAGGUAUCUUGAGUUUCACAUUUUUUUACAUGGGUUUGUUCUAAUAGGUCUAGUGACAGAUUUGAUAGACAACAGGAAUAGAAUCAUACUUAAGAGGUAUACAGUGCCAUGAAAAGGUUAUCUUCCCUCAACUCUCUGUGCCUUACAGUGCUUUCAUAAUCAGCAUUCAAUUAGCUCUCCUUAGUGGAUUUUUUGUUUUGUCUUUUUUUUUUUUUUUUUUUUUGAAGUGAAAGCCAUAACAGAUCAAAAUUAUCCAAUAAAUAUUUUUUCAAAAAGAUUUUUCAAAAAAGUGUUUUAACUCAUGCACUUUCCUUCUGUUAUAAAGAAUUCUUGAAAUUGCAAAAAUGAUUUUUGUGACACUGAUGAACAAAAAAUGGUGCUAGAAAAGAUUAUUAGGGACCAUUUUUAUUCAUUACAGAGGUAAAAAUAUGCUGAAAAAUUCAGUUUUUUUCUGUUUGCUUUACUGAGCAUUGUCAUGAUGUUAUGUUGAGUUGAAGUCUGAAAUAGAAUGAUUGUCAGCGAUCGAGAUUCAGCAUACCAACAUUUUGAUAGACAUGAGAAACUGGAGAAAAUGAAUGUUGUAGGAUUCUACCAAAAAAUGAAUUUUAACAUAAAAAAAUUUAAAAAAAAAAAAAAAUCUUGGAAAAAGAGGAAAGUGAGAUGAGUGAUAGGCAGGAAAUGGUACCUAUGAAUGCUUGAAUAUUCUAACAUUGUGUUGUUGUGUAAUGAUACAAAAUAAAUAAGUUUUCACUUGUUUUGUUGCCAGUAGAAGAAAUCACUCAUCUUCAGUUCCUCAUAAUGCAUUGUAAUUCAGUUAUUAAAAGGCAGCUGUGUAAAAGUGUUUUCACAUUUAGAGAAUUUACUUGCUUUCCAUUAUUUUAAACAUGUGUUUUUGUGACAUCCCAUCAUAAUGCUACUGAUUUCCUUCAGAAAUCAAGAAGGAGAUUUAUUUCUUUCUAUUUCUUAAUUUUUUCUUCAUAAUUCAGUUUGAGAUUUUAACCAAAAUUAACUAAUUAGGUACUGUUUAUGCUUGUUGUUAUUAACGAUAGCGUAAAAUUUAUUAAUAGGCUUUGGAAAUUAAUUGAUAGUUUAUACAACAAACUUGAAAAAUUUUGAAGUCAACAACAAAUUACUUAAAAUAAAGGAAUGAGAAAAGAAAAGUUUUAGAAUAUAGACUGCAAAGGGACAAAUUUAAAAAGGAUUUGGAAUUUGGUAACUGUUGGAGAAAAUUGAGAAAUAGAAAUCUGUGGCAUGUGCUUGAAUUGACACUUGUUUUCGCCUCCUCAGAGACCUAUCUUUGGUGUCUUAUUUGAAAAGCUCACUCAGGUCCAGUCAUCAACCUUUAGUUAUCAUAUACCAUCUUUCGUGGCAGGGUUUUGUUGUACAUAAUAGCGGGGCAUUAACAAGUUGUAGAAUAUAGAUUACAGAAAAAUAUAGCAACUUCUAGUAUUGAUGUAGUGUUUCAGAAACCAGAAGAAUUACACGACAAAAGAUGUUGGUAUAUAAGGUUAUAGAAAGAUAGAUCUAAUUAAGUGUGGGACGAUCAUAAUAUGGGGGUGACUUUAGCAACAUGUUUAAAUACAUGGUAACUGAUUGGUAGUAUAUCUAUGAUAUUUUGUAGUCUUGGUAACAGUAAUGUUUUUACCGUAGCUAAAUGUCAGUGUAAAUGAAAACACAAUGCAGCAAUGUUAGCGAAGCAUUUCUGAUCCUGUUAUUAGGCCUACAGUGAAUGUCGUCUAAAUCAAAACCUGUUUAGUCAGAUUACUUUAUAUACUGGACUUCCACACAAUAGUUCAGUGUUAAUUGAACUUUUGUAACUUGUGAAUGCAUUUUACUCCAUUAAAGGUAAUUUUUUGUGGGAGAGUCAGUUAAGACAAGGUUCUGAUAAGUUACUCAAUCCCAGAUCUCUAAGCUAUACAAUCUAGUUUGUUUAUUUUAGCUAUGACUAGUGCUUCUGUUAUUAUUUUGAAUUACUAGAAAUGUUUGAUGGUAAAUCUGUAAGUUAUUUAUAGUCAUUAUUUACUUACAUAGAAACUAUUCAAGAUGUAUUAGUUAGAAUUUAUCAGGAAUUGGAAAGUAUUCAAUAUAUUCAGUGCUGUGACCUUGACCUUAUUUCCCAGAGGUCAGAAGAAGCAAUGUCUAUAUUUGGUCAUUAUCUAUUGUUAUCAAUUAAUUCUCCAGACAGUCUGCCUGAGUAAUAUGUUGUGAUAACCUACAUUUUUUAUGUACAUGUAUUAUCACUUAUUUUUCGUGAGAAGGGUGUAAUAAUGAUGUCACUUCCUGUUCCUACAGGUGAUGUUUGUGUGAUGUGUGACAACAUCACUUCCUGUUGUGUACGUUUGUGUCGUGACAUCACUUCCUGUGGGGUACAUCUCCUUCCUGUCAGUCAAGGCACACAUUGUCUUCGUCUGUUGGGUUGUCUAUAUUGUUUUUUCGUCCAAUCUACAUUGUUGACUGUAUAGAACUUUCUGAUAUGCAGAAAGAGAGUUUUUGAUAGUGUGUAUAUAGCGGAAAUGUAGAUUGGCGUUUGUGCUUUUUUUGUACAUAUUCCAAAGAGAGCAGUGUAUUGUUGUUCCAGUUUAUACAUAGUUGUAUUACAGUGAUUCUUUUCUAUUAUUAUCAUUUAAACAAAUAAACCUAUGCAGAUUGCACCCUUUGA